CAUGAACCCCACUAUCUUCGCUGUUAUGUCCAAACACCCCCCAAAAAAAAAUUCUCUAGAUUUUCGCUCUCCAAUGGAUUCUCGAAUUGACAAUGAAGACGGCGAUCUUCUCCCUUCAACUUCCACUUCCACUUCCAACUCCUCCAAUCGCCGUAAUAAUUUCCACUGUUACAGUGAAAAAUUCACUUUCAAUAACUCCGAUUCCGAUUCCGACGCCGGCGAACUCGCCGGAAAUUCGGUUCGUAAACUCAGCUUAGACGAAACGAACCGAACUCCGAAGCUAUUCGAUCGGUUUUACGCCACGUCAUCUUCUGAUGACGAGGAUUUCAGCUCCGGUUCAGGUCAAAACGGUGUCGUUAGGAAGCGACUUGAUAAUAUGAUUCAAUUCCUUGACCGUAAAAUUACGACGGAACAAGCAGUUAGUAACAGUAAUGUUAAAGGUGAAUCUCAAGGUUUACCUGAGUUUAUAGGUAAAGGUGGUGGUACCGGCAUUUUCAAGUUACCGGUACGUGGCGCGGUGCAUCCUGACCGUCCACCGUCGUUGGAUUUACGGCCACAUCCGUUGAGAGAAAGGCAAAUUGGGGGAUUUUUGCGGAAUGUCUUGUGUACGGAUGAUGGAUUAUGGGCCGGGUCGGAGUGUGGAGUUCGUGUAUGGUAUUUAUCGGAUAUGUAUGAGGCUGCUGAGGAUGAGGAUGAGGAUGAUGUUGCACCUUUUGUGGAAUCUGUCAGGACUUCACCAACAUUGUGCCUUGUUGAAGAUGCUGGGAAUAGGUUGAUAUGGAGUGGACAUAAAGAUGGUAGAAUUAGGUGUUGGAAGAUGGAUAAUGAGAUUACUAGUAAAGAGAAAAUUUGUGGAAGAGAUCCUUUGAAAGAAGUGCUAUCGUGGCAAGCUCAUCAUCGCGGUCCGGUUCUUUCCAUGGUCAUGACUUCGUAUGGCGAUCUGUGGUCUGGAUCUGAGGGUGGUUCCAUCAAGAUCUGGCCGUGGGAAGGAAUUGAGAAAUCGAUUUCUCUGAUAAAUGAGGAAAGGCACAUGGCUGCUCUGUCGAUAGAGAGGUCAUACGUGGAUCUAAGGAGUCAAACUAUGCAUAAUGGAACAGGCAAUAACAUAUUUUCUGUUGAUGUCAAAUAUAUGCUGUCUGAUCGCUCUGAAGCAAAAGUUUGGACUGCUGGUUAUUUGUCAUUUGCACUUUGGGAUGCACAGACAAGGGAGUUACUGAAAAUCUUUAACACAGAUGGUCAGGUUGAAAAUAUAUUAGCAGCACAAGAUCCUGUCAUUGAAGAUGAAAUGAGGAUGAAAGUUGUGACCAAUCAAAAAAAGGACAAGUCUCAAAGUUCAAUCAGCUUCUUUCAGCGUUCACGCAAUGCUAUCUUAGGAGCAGCUGAUGCUGUUCGUAGGGUUGCGGCAAAAGGAGGAUUAGGAGAGGAUAAUCGGAGAACUGAAGCAUUGAUCAUUACAGUCGAUGGAAUGAUAUGGAGUGGAUGUGCAAAUGGAUUACUUGUCCAAUGGGAUAGAAAUGGCAAUCGUUUGCAAGAUUUCCAGUAUCACGCAUUCUCUGUUCAAUGCCUAUGCACAUAUGGGUCACGGAUUUGGGUAGGUUAUGCUAGUGGCUAUAUGCAGGUAUUGGAUCUUAAUGGUAAUCUACUUGGAGGAUGGAUGGCUCAUAGUAGCCCUGUAAUAGAUUUGUCUGUGGGUGGAGGUUAUGUUUUCACUUUGGCUAAUCAUGGUGGUAUACGAGGUUGGAGUGUGAUAUCUCCCGGACCAGUGGAUGGUAUUUUGCGUUCAGAGUUAGCAAGCAAGGAAUUUUUGUAUACUAGGCUAGAGAAUUUAAAAAUAUUGGCUGGUACAUGGAAUGUCGCACAAGGAAGAGCUUCUCCUGAUUCACUUAUAUCAUGGCUAGGUUCUGCAGCAGCAGAUAUUGGCAUUGUUGUUGUUGGCUUGCAGGAAGUGGACAUGGGUGCUGGUUUUCUUGCAAUGUCUGCUGCUAAAGAAUCAGUAGGUCUUGAAGGAAGUUCUGCUGGUCAAUGGUGGUUGGAAAUGAUUGGAAAAACCUUGGAUGAAGGAUCGACUUUUAUCCGUGUUGGCUUUAGGCAGUUGGCAGGCCUGGUUAUUUCUGUCUGGGUCAGAAGUAAUAUUAGUCGUUAUGUCGGCGAUGUUGAUGUUGCAGCAGUACCUUGUGGUUUCGGGCGCGCAAUUGGGAACAAGGGAGCAGUAGGAUUGAGGAUGAGAGUGUACGAUCGUACUGUGUGCUUUGUGAACUGUCACUUUGCUGCACAUUUAGAAGCUGUCGGUCGCCGGAAUGCUGAUUUUGACCAUGUUUAUCGAAAUAUGAUCUUUAGUCGGCCAUCAAACUUCCUCAAUGCUGCAGCUGGUAUGGUGCCGUACCUAUUCUCAGCUUGCUUGCUUGCCUGCUCUAUGUAUUUAAUCUGGGUUGCUUAUGGUUAUCGGUUGCCAUUGGUCCUUUCUGUUGCAGCUGGCGUCUCAUCUGCGAUUCAAAUGCUUCGCUGUGCAAAUGGUGCGUUUAACUCGGCAGAAGCAAUGCCUGAGCUAUCUGAGGCAGAUAUGGUUGUGUUUCUUGGUGACUUGAACUAUCGGCUGGAUGGCAUUUCUUAUGAUGAAGCAAGAGAUUUUAUUUCCCAAAGGUGCUUUGAUUGGCUUAGAGAGAGAGACCAGUUGCAUACAGAGAUGGCAGCGGGCAAUGUCUUCCAAGGAAUGCGUGAAGCUGUCAUUGGAUUUCCUCCAACAUACAAAUUUGAGAGGCAUCAAAUUGGCUUAGCAGGGUAUGAUUCUGGUGAAAAGAAGCGGACUCCUGCCUGGUGUGACAGAAUUUUGUAUCGUGAUAGCCGUUCUACUUCAGCUUCCACGUGCAGCUUAGAUUGUCCUGUCGUCUCAUCAGUUCUGCAGUAUGAAGCUUGCAUGGACGUGACAGAUAGUGACCACAAGCCAGUUCGGUGCAUAUUCAAUGUGGAGAUUGCUCGAGUGGAUGAAUCUGUGAGAAGGCAAGAAUAUGGGGAAAUCAUUAGAUCAAAUGAGAAAGUUGUGCUUAUGCUUCGGGAACUGAAUAGAGUUCCAGAAUCAAUAGUCAGCACAAACAACAUAAUCCUCCAGAACUCGGAUGCAUCCAUCUUGCGCAUUACAAAUAAGAGCGGGAAAAACAAAGCUAUUUUUGAAAUAAUUUGUGAAGGCGAGUCCACUGUUAAAGAUGAUGGGCAGGUGUUGGAUUAUCGUGCAAGAGGUUCUUUUGGUUUCCCUCGUUGGCUUGAGGUUAAUCCUUUAGAAGGCGUCAUGGAACCCGACCAAAUUGUUGAAAUCUCAGUUCACCAUGAAGAUCACCAGACACUUGAGGAGUUUGUUGAUGGAGUUCCUCAAAACUCUUGGUGUGAAGAUGCCAAGGAUAAGGAAGUCGUAUUGGCAAUCAAUGUACGCGGUUGCUUCUCAACGGAAAGAAAAUGUCACCGUGUCCGUGUACGCCACUGCUUUUCAGGGAAGCCUUUGCCAGCAGAGGUUAGCCCCAACAACUCUAACCAUUUGCAGCCAAAUGUCCUUCGCCGCUCUGAUUUUAAACCCAGUGGCUUUUCGCCUGAUGUUGUUGAUGACCUAAUAAAUCUAAACAGUCCUUGCAUAUCUCCACGUUGAGCCACACCCACAUCCAAUUUCCAUGUUUCAGUACAACAAACCUGCAAAGGAAUGUGUGUAUGUAAAUAGUCACCGAAGGGACUAGUGUUCAACUUCUCAAUAGGAAAUUAUCGUUGAAUAUGUCAUUCUUUUGAGGCUGUCACUUUAAUUUGAACGUGUAUAGCAUAAAUUGCACACUUGCAAUGACAUAGAGUUAGUUGUGUAUGUAGCCAUUUAAGGUAUCCGAGUGAGUGUCGCAUUGAGUUGAUCCCAUCUAAAGUUGUGGUGUGGGUUUGACCUCUUUGAGAAUUCUUUUUGAUAUGCUUCUUGUUUCUACAUUUUCAGUUUUGGGAGGAGAUAUGUGCAUUUGCAAAACAUUUAACAGGGAAAGGAGGCAUGUGAUAUGUUUUCCUCUCUCUAGCAUUGUUUUUUGUUUA